CUCCGCGCUUCGUGAAGAUUCCCUUUCCGCCUGAGGAUCCCACUUAAGACUUGACGCGCGCGGGAGAGGAUAUAGAAUCCUUUGACAUCUCCAAUAUAUUGCGCACCGUCCCAGGACCGCAUUGUGGUUAUCGUCGUGCUCAGCGGAUAACUGCAAAUUGCAAUAUACACAUAUACCUUCGGUGUAUAUACCUUCGUAUUCACUUCGUGAUAAUAUAAUACCAAUACCCUUCUCACAAUGGCGCUGGAUCACCAUCCUAUUCAGAACAGCGAGGUCUACCUCCUGAAUGCCUCGCACGCCCCAUCAAUGCCGCCGCCUUCCCCUCCUUCUCCGGCAACACCAGAUGAGCGCGAAUGCUCCCCACUGGACAAUUUGGGGUCCAUGACACCCCUUGAAAUCCAGGGCUCCGCUCCGUCUUUCAAGCAGCGACUGUCCAAUGCGGUCCACGUCCUGGGAACCGAAGCGACAGCCCUCUCCUGCCUGACCCGUUUAUACGAUACCGAUCCAAUCGCCCAAGAGGGCUUCAAUUCAGCUGUCGAAGCAAUCACCAGAUUCGAGGGUGACAAGGGCAAACUCGUCAUCUCAGGUGUUGGCAAGAGUGGGCAUAUUGCCAAGAAAUUAGUCGCGACGAUGAACAGCCUCAAGAUUCACGCAACGUUCCUGCAUCCAACUGAAGCACUUCACGGCGAUCUCGGAAAAGUAGGAAAAUACGACACGAUCCUGCUUAUUACCUUCUCGGGCAAGACGCCUGAGCUUCUUUCCCUUCUACCACAUUUCGAUGCCUCUCUACCACUUAUCGUCAUGACAUCUCACACUCACCCCUCGACCUGUGAGAUCGUCAAGCACCGCCCUGAUGCCAUUCUUCUCCCCGCACCGAUCCACAAAUCUGAAACCGAUUCUUUUGGGUUCUCAGCACCUACCACCUCUACAACGAUGGCGCUCGCUCUGGGAGACGCUCUGGCUGUCGUGAUCUCCAACGAGCUACACAUCAACGUCGCCGCCGUCUUUUCGCAGAAUCACCCCGGGGGCGCAAUUGGGGCCGCUUUCAAAGGGCCUCAGAAGGUAUCCGACCUCUGCAUACGAUUUUCCGAAAUCCCGGAAACUGAUAAGGGUCUCAUGACUGGGGCGCAUAUCCUAAUGUCAGCCUAUCGAUCGGAAACGGGCUGGGUCAGACAUGGACAGGAUGUAGUGGUGCCGCCUCGCCGCAUCAAGAGACUGCAGCCGGAUAAUAUGGACGAGCCGGCGCCGCAAAUCCAGGGCUUAAUGGUGCCGAGGAAAGAGUGGAUUGAGAUCCCGGCCGAGACGGCACUGACGACUGCGAGGGAGUGGGUGAAGAGCAUGCGACGAAAUUCGCAGGGCGUUAAAUAUGGCGAUGAUGCUAUCUUGGUGGUCAUGGAUGACGAUGAAAUCUCCGGUGUCAUGGAGAUUGGGCAGCUGAUGGCCUGAUGGGCGUCGGCAUAGUAUUUGGGCGGUUCAUGUCUGGGCGUUGGAUAAGGGUUAGGGUAAAUCCCACCUCACUG